CGUCUCAGUACUAUCAAUUUUCAGACCGUACUUUACUGUCUUUGGUUACAUGUUUUGAACAAGAGUUGUGGGUUUUAUCUAUGUUCUUUAUGGGAAUUUAAAAAAGGGUCUGACAUUUUAAUCUGUCCCCAAAAUGUCCAAACUACAGCUGUUGAAUGUGUUUAUCGCCGAACGUUUAACAACAGCAGCAGUGGAGAUAUUUGGUUCAGCAGAAAAGACAUUAGCAGAGUACCAGGAGCGACUAACAACAGCGGCAUUUGAGAUAUUUGUUGUGGUGGAAAAGACGAUCGCAGAGGUUCAGGUAGAGAACGACCGUCUACGAGGGCUUCUUCUAGAUCAUUUAGGAGCAGAUCCCCAGCAGCUAAAUCUCCCCGAAGAGGAGGUUUCCCCUAAGCAGCAGCAGUGGAGCCCCAGUCCGGGGCAGGAGGACCCAGAGCCCACACAGAUUACAGAGGAACAGAAGGAACUCCGGACCAGUCAGGAGGAAGAGCAGCUUGAAAGACUUAGGUCUGCUACCACAGAGGUUGUACAAUUGAUAUUUAUUCCUCCCUGUGUGGAAAGUGACUGUGACCAGGACAGCAAGACAGACUCUCUACCCUCCAACACAACUGAACAGACCCAAUCAGCAUUGGAUGACGAGGACUACAGAGCAUCACAACUAUCCAGUCACUCUCAACUCCUCUCUGCAUUAAAUCCACACUGUUCUGCAGCUCUGAGUGAAAUCAUUGUAAGUAUUGAUGAAGACGAGGGUGAAGAACUACCGUCAAGGUCAAAGAGAACACGGGAAAAGAAGAAACAAAUCUCUCAAGUCUGCACUGAGGCCAAGACAACCAGUGAGCUGAAAGCACCUUUAAAGUCUCACACAAACAGGAGACCAUGCAAGUGUCAUGUGUGCAGUAAAUGCUUUAAGACACCAGGCCCUUUAAAGGUACAUUGGAGAAUUCACACAGGGGAGAAAUCACACAGCUGUCCUUUUUGUUGUCAACGAUUUAAGUCAUUAAACGUUCUACAACUACACCAGAAAGUUCACACAAGGGAGAAAGAUGGACCACAGCAAUGUCCUGUGCGCAAUGAAUCAUGUUUUGGCAUAGCUUCUUUAAAAGAGCAUCAGCAAAUUCACACAUGUAUCCCAUAUCAGUGUACAGAAUCUGGCAAUUCCUUCCGAGUCAAGAAAGACUUCAACACUGGUUCUCUCCCAGAGAGAGAACCAGUGACUCCAACAGAGAGAGAACCAGUGACUCCAACAGAGAGAGAACCAGUGACUCCAACAGAGAGAGAACCAGUGACUCACCCAGAGAGAGAACCAGUGACUCCAACAGAGAGAGAACUACAUCAGUGUUUUGUUUGUAGAAAAAGCUUCACAACAUUGAGUUAUCUUGUAAUCCACCAGCGAAUUCACACCGGAGAGAAACCGUAUCAGUGCCAUGUUUGCAGAAAAAGCUUCAUUAGGAAGGAAUACCUCAUUAAGCAUAUGGUAAAUCACACUGGAGAAAAGCCAUAUCUGUGCAAUGUUUGCGGCAAAACCUUCUUAAGGAAGGCGUACCUGAGAUUACACAUGGUAACUCACACAGGGGAGAAAUCGUUUAAAUGCCCUGUAUGUAAAAAAGGCUUCAUAUCAUCGACUUGUCUCAAACUCCACCAGAUAAUCCAUACAGGGGAGAAGCCCCAUAAGUGUAACCUUUGCAGCAAAAGCUUCAUUAGGAAGGCAUGCCUGAGAGUACAUGUGGUAACUCACACAGGGGAGAAACCUCAUCAUUGUAACAUUUGCAGCAAAAGCUUUACUCAGAAGAAAGGCCUGAGCGUGCAUAUGAGGACUCACACAGGGGAGAAACCUUUCAAGUGCCCUGUAUGUGAAAAAUGCUUCACCUAUUCAAAUAAGCUAAAAUGCCACCAGCAAAUCCACACAGGGGAGAAACCAUAUAAGUGCCACAUCUGCAGCAAAACCUUCACUCAGAGUGGAGGCCUGUCACGUCAUAGGAAGACUCACACUGGAGAGAAACCAUAUACGUGUUCUGUAUGUGAAAAACAUUUCACAUCGCCAACUAAUCUUAAACUCCACCAGAGAAUCCAUACAAGAGUGAAAUCAUUUACGUGCCCUGCGUGUGAGGAAGGCUUUACAUCGUCAAGUCUUCUAAAACGUCACCAGCAGAAUCACUGUGGACAGAAGACAGAAAAAAAACUACCAGAGGAAACCUUUCUCUGCAGUGAUUGUGGCAAAAGCUUCCGUACCAUGAGUUACCUGAGAGUGCAUAUGAGGACUCACACAGGGGAGAAAUCAUACGUGUGCUCUGUAUGUGAAGAAGGCUUCACGUCAGCCCCUUCUCUAAAACAUAAUCAGCAAAUCCACAAGGGAGAGAAAUCACGAGUUUGUGGCAAAAGCUUCCUUGUGAAGGGAGGUGUGACAGGACAUAUGAUGACUCACACAGGGGAGAAAGCAAAUGAGUGUACUACAUGUGAUAAUUGCUUUAUAACAGCAUCUGAUCUAAAAGUCCACCAGAAAAUUCACGAUGGAGGGAAACCAUAUCAGUGCAAGGAAUGUGACAAAUGCUUCACUCAAAGGUCAAUAUUAAAAAAACACAUAAGGUCUCACACAGAACUGCAUAUGUGCCACGUGUGCAGCAAAAACUUCACCCAAAAGGGAAACCUGACACAACAUAUGAGGACUCACACAGGGGAGAAACCUUUUAAGUGCCCUGUAUGUGAAGGAGGCUUCGCGUCAGCCCCUUCUCUAAAACUCCAUCAGCAAAUUCACACUGGCGAGAAACCACAUCAGUGUGAAGUUUGUGGCAAACGCUUCAUUCAGAAGGGAAACCUGACAGGACAUAUGAAGACUCACACAGGGGAGAAACCUUUUAAGUGUGAAGUUUGUGGCAAAAGCUUCCUUCAGAGGGGAAACCUGACAAUACAUAUGAAGAUUCACACAGGGGAGAAAUCUUUUAAGUGUUCUGUAUGUGAAAAGCGCUUUGCAACACUACGUGAUAUGACACGCCACAAGAGAAUUCACACGGGAGAGAAACCAUAUCGCUGCAACUAUUGUGACAAAUGUUUUAAUCAGAGUAGUUCCCUUAAAUCACACAUGAAGAAUAUUCACAAGAGAGAGAGAACACAAGUGUCCAUUGUGUAAAACAACAUCAUAUCAUGGCUGAAAGGAAUGAUUGAAUGACUGAACUUGUAGAACAUUGUCUAUAACCCAUAUUGCUUCUUUUUUUUAGAGUGCAGUCUGAAUUUGUAGGCAGCAGGUGUCCUUACUGAUUAAUGAUACUGACAUUCACAACAUAUUCUAUGUUUCUUUAUCGCUACUUUAUGCACACAUUUCUGUGGUCUCUCUCCUUUCACAUUCACACUGUCAAUAAUAUUUACAGGUGAAACGUCCAUGUAGCAUCUGCAUGUGAAUCACUUUCAUAGAAAUAUGCAUUUAGAUCUUAGUGUUGUUUUAGAAUGCUGUUCGGUGUUGUUUUAGAAUGCUGUUCGGUGAGUGUAUUCUAGAGCAGAUGCUGGUAACAAACUGUAGCAUACCACACAGUAUGUGGUGGGAGUUGUGAUGGAAGAUGGGGUGGGUGCUUUUGUGAUUAGAAAAGUGUGGUGAGUUAAAUGAGUGAAAAAUGAAAAUGGUUUCAAAUGCAAGAGCCCAUGUGUGUCUGAGACCAGGAGUUGUGACAGAGAGAGUUUGCAAUUUUUGUGCAGAUAUGGGAAAUACAUUUUAAAUUAAAUUACAAAUAUUUUGUAACCUCCAUUAGGAUGA